UGCAGUGCGAAGCGUGAGAUUGCGGCGCGCACGCGAAGGAACUGAGGCCAAGGGCUGGAGCACAGCGCGUACUCUCACAUAUCUGCAAGCCACAGCGCGCGCGCUGUCGAACGCAGCCGUAUGGCCGAGCAAAUCGACCUGCGCUGCGACACCACUCAUGAGGACGGCGACGCGCCCGCCGAGAAGCGCGCGCGCGCGUUGACGGCCGCGGGCUACAUCUACGACCCCGGCGAGGGCAAACGCAUCCCGCUGGACGCCGACGCGGCGGCGACCGUCACCUUCGGCCGCGCGCUCACGUCGGACGUGCGCAUCGGGCUCACGCACUGCUCGCGCCUCCACGCCGAGCUGCGCGUGGACCAGAAUGCGCGCGUGUCGCUGGUCAACCACGCCAAGGCCGCGAACGCGACGCUCCUGAACGCGCAGCCGCUCGCGCCCAAGGCCGCGUGCGACGUGCGCGACGGCGACGUCUUCGAGAUCUGCGGUCGGCGGUUUGUAUUUGAGGCGGCGUCGGCCAAGCGCGCGCGCGUCGAUGACGGCGGCGACGACGCGCCGCCGCCGCCGGCCGUCGACGCGGCGCCGCCGCCGGCCGUCGACGCGGCGCCGCCGCCGGCCGUCGACGUGGCGCCGCCCGCCGCGGCGCCGCGCCCGAAGCGCCGCCGGCCGCGCCGCGCGGUCGACCUCGCCGACGCGGCCGCGGCGCUCGACACCGACACGAUCAAGGGCUGGAUGCGCGACCGCUCGGCCAUCGUCGACGUCAAGCGGCCGCGCUACGACGCGGUCGCCGCGGCGCCCGCGGACCCGCUCGCGCUGCGGCUCGCGCCCUCCGUGGCGCCCGAGCUCGCCGCCGUCGCGGCGCGCCUCCACGGCGGCGACGGCGACUCCGCGCGCGCGGCCCUGCCGGUCAACCGCCGCGGCGCUGAAGCGGCGCCGGCGCCGGCGCCGGCGCGCUUCUCGGCGCGCUUCGACGAUGACGAAGGCGGCACGGACUCCGUCGACCUCGGGCGCAUCGACGAGCUCGCGCACGCGCGCGCGGCACGGCUGCGCGAGUCGCGGCGGCUGCAGAAGGACGGGAAGGGCUCGCCCGCGACGCCCGCCGUCUGCACGCCAUUCGUCCCGCUAGGCACUGGCUACGAGGACUACGUCGUGUGUGCGGAUCAUCGCUGUGGCAAGGCCUGUACCCUACGCGACGCCUGCCCUUCGGACGUCCACGUCAUUUAUAAUGGCCGGUACACGCUGUACGACUGCCUCCAGCUCGACGACGAAGGGAACUACGUGGUGGAGGGCGGGAGGUACAAGUGCGAGUGCGGCGCUGCGUGGACGACGCGCCACCCGAUGAAGGGACACUGCACGAAGUGCGGCGGCUACGAGGAGGGGCUGGCAUUAGUGUCGCGGUGCGAGUCGGAGGGCACGACGCCCCCGCGCUGGAUGUACACGCGCGACCGCGCCCAGAAGGCCCUCGCCGCCGCGGAGGAGGAGGAGGCCAAGGCGCAGGCCGACUUCGAGACGAUGCCGCUCGCGAAGCAGUUGCUGCGCGAGAUUCGCGGCGGCGACGGCGGCGGGUUAGUGAUAGACGAGGGUUCGUGGAACGAGCCGCGCCAGCCCCCGCUGUCCUGGGCAGCGUCGGACACGUGCGCGACGUCGGCGUUUGGCGUUGACGCCCCGCUCUUCGCGUGGGCCGCGCCGGCGGCGGAGUGCCCAGUGACCGCGACGAAGCCUCUGUUUGUCGCUCGGUAUGAAGGUGCGCAGCGCGCGUCGCGGUCUCGGCCCACGGAGGAGGCCCCGACGGAGACGCGCAUCGUCGAGAACGAGGGCGCCACCUUCCACACGGAUUACGUGGAGACGCCGAAGACUCUGGACGAGGUGCUUCCUGAUGCAGAUGUCUCUGCUAGGAACCGCGCCGGCCCUCGUGUUCAAGCGGAAAUGAAGGACGCGGAGAAACAGCGGAUCGAAAGAUCGAAGAAGGCGAAGGCGGGCGAGUUGGACUACGACGUGCGAUGUGCGUCGGAGCUGAACUCGAAGAAGUACAAGUACGGCUGUCCGAAAAAAAAUAAACAGGGGAAGGGCCGCUGCCGCUACUGGCACGCGCCGAACCCCCCCAAUGGCAAGCAGCCGAUCUUCAUGUGGGACGCGGAGCAGGAGGUGCACGUCGACUACGACGAGUCGAAGUGGGACGAGUUCUGUGAGCGGUGCGCGGCGGCGAAGGCGGCGGGGGCGGAGUGCGUCUGCAAGACGUGUCCGUAA